AUGUCUACUUCCAAAAUCUUGUUCACAAAUUUCACAUGUCAAAUGAGCCUCAUCAUCACCCUUAUUUUUAUCCUCCUCUCAUCCUACUCCCAAGCAUCCUCCUCCCCUUCCCCUUUCAAGAGAAUCUACGCCUUCGGCGACUCCUACACUGACACCGGAAACACCAAGACCUCCACCGGCCCCACAGCCUUCAACCAUGUCUCAAAUCCUCCUUACGGAGUCACCUUCUUCCACCACCCCACCAAUAGAUACUCGGACGGCCGCAUCGUCCUUGACUUUGUGGCCCAAGCCCAAUCCCUGCCCUUCGUGCCCCCCUAUCGCAACCCUAAGGCCGACCGCUCUCACGGCGUCAACUUUGCCGUGGGCGGUGCCACCGCAAUCAGGCACGGCUUCUUCUUGAAGAACAACAUCACAUUCAACCUCGUACCUCAGUCCCUCCAAACUCAACUUGUUUGGUUCAACAAGAUCUUGGAAAGUGAAGGGUGCAAGGAUUCCCAUACUACCCCUAGAGAGUGCAAGGCUGCCCUAGGUGAUGCCUUGAUUUGGGUUGGCGAAAUUGGAGCCAAUGAUUACACUAGUAUCCUUGGAUCUUCUCUCUCUAGAAAAACUAUCCAAGUUCUUUCCAUAAAUAGCGUCAUUGGCUUCUUACAGGAAAUAAUGAAGAAGGGAGCAAAGUACAUAGUAGUGCAAGGACUUCCACCAAUCGGGUGCAUAACAUAUUCCUUCUCACUCUCCUCCGCCGACGACAGAGACGCCGCGGGCUGCGUCGCCAGCGCGAACCGCCACGCAUCCACGCACAACGCGGCCCUCCAAGGCCAACUAAGCACCUUGAGGAAACAGAACCCUGAGUCAGUCAUCCUCUACGCAGACUACUACAACGCGCACCUCGCGCUACUGAAGAAUGCAGCAAAACACGGAUUCGAAGAGCGGUACAAGGCCUGCUGCGGCUAUGGCGGCGGCGCCUACAACUUCGACGUCUUCAACACGUGCGGCUCCUCCUCCGCCGCCGCCUCGUGCGAUCAACCUGCAAAGUACAUCAACUGGGAUGGAGCUCACUUCACCGAGGCUGUGUACAAGCUCAUGGCUGAUUCUUUUCUCAAUGGAACCUAUUGCAACCCUCCCUUUCACUAUUUGAUCACCAAAAAAAUUCAAUCCAAUUGA